AUGACAUGUGGAUAUUACACUAACAGUUUUGGCUCGACUACCUACAGGUGCAAUAACUCAAUGGGUACCGGUGGAAUUGUUGGUUUAGUAGUGGGUAUUGCGGCGUUUGUGGUAUUUUUUGCAAUCUUCUUCAUCCUCACAAAAAGAAUGCUUGCUCGCCGCCGUCAAAAGAAGCAUCCACCACCACAACAGGUGUAUCAACAGCCGAUGGCCCAGCAGUCUUAUUAUCCUCCUCCAGGUCAGCCACCUCAAGAUUAUUAUUAUCAGGAGAACAGUGAAAACUAUCAACACAACCCACCGUAUCCACCAGCUUAUCAACGAUGA